UGCCUUGGGAAUGGGGCAAUCCUUGGGACUGGGGGGUUGGCACUGAGAGGCUUUGGGAAUGGGGGCUUGGAAAUGAGGGGACCCUCUGGACGAGGUCGGUGCAUCCAUGUGGGAGAAGGGUUUGGAAAGCACCUUCUGGGGGGAAAACCGGGAGCACCUCCAACAUCCUCCCAAAUAUUUCUCUGGAGCUUCCCCCUCCAUCCUCUGAUCCUUUGGCUUCCCAGCUGGAAUGUCGUGUCCUGAAUCAGGGAAAAAAACAGGGAUGCAGGUGAAGGCUGAGUGAGAAAUUCCAUUUUUAAGCAGAACCCUGGGAUGAUUUAGGUUGGAAAAGAUCAUUAGGAUCAUCAAAUCCAUCCCAAAUUCCCUCGGCACAUCCCUAAAAGCCACAGGAGUGUCUUGGCUUGUUUUUUUUUUCCCCUUUAUUUGCCUGAUUUCCCAUCUUUGGAGGAAAUUGGGAUGUUGGGAAUCAGCCUCUCCAGGGAGCUGAGCGCCUUUAACUCUGCUGGGCUGAAAAGGAGGGAGCAGCACAUCCAGGAAAUCAUUCCGGUUGGGAAAAAACCCUCCAGUUAUCCCAAAGAAUAACCAGCUGAUCCUUGGGUCCUGCCCUGAAGGGAGAACGGAGCCUUUCUGGGGCUGCUGCAGGCGUGGUAAAGGGAAAUAAAUAAAUAAAAGGAAGCAAAAGUGAAACUGCUGAUGCUGGCAGAGGAAGGAGCUCGUCUUGUGACAACACCCCUGCUGGGUUGGGCUUCUUUUGAGGAAAAAAUUGCUUUUUGUGGGGUUUUUUGUAGCCAGAAGAGAGGAGGCUGUGCCUGUUCCAAGGAUGCGGCGCUGCGGGCGCAGGCAGCUCACGGCCCCCGAGUGCGCGGCCCUGGCGCGGAGCCCCGAGGGCUCGGCCCCGCUGCGGCAGCCCCUGGGCCUGCCCCGAGGAGGAGGAGCAGCAGCCCGGGGCCUUCAUCCCACCUACGGCACACGGAGACACCCCAGAGAACUCGUCCCCACUUCUCCCCUUUGUGCAGCACGGGGCCAGCAGAGGAAAAUCUCGGAUUUCUUCGGGAUCCAAAAGACCCCACCAGUGGGACCUGCUGGGAUGCCGAGCUGUGGGAUCAAGGAAGAGCCACUGGAUCCCUUUUCCCCCAGACCUCCUGAUUCCUUCAGCAACCCCUCCCUUUCCCUGCAUCCCCAGGACUUGGUGCCACCUCCCAGGGGACAUUCCAGGAAAAGAGGAAUUCCCAAGCCCGAGCAGGAUCUCUGGGAGGAGCCUGAGGUGAAGGUUCCGCAGCUCAGUGGGAUCAAGCAGGAAUGGGAAGAGCUGGAAGUGGAACCUCUUCCCGAUUCCCACUACGGGCUCCUGGGCACUCGGAGCUGGCAAGUUCCUCAAGGAUCCAUGGAUGAUCUUCCUCCUGAAGUCCUCAGGAAUAUUUUUGCUUUUCUGCCAGUUCUGGAUCUGUACCAGAACCUGAGCCUGGUGUGUCGCUGCUGGAGGGAGAUAAUCCGGGAUCCACGGUUCAUCCCCUGGAAGAAGCUCUACCAGCAGUACCUGCAGAGGGAGGGCUCAGCCCUGCGCAGGGUCGAGCAGAUCCUGCAGGAAUUCUCCAUCACCAAGGAGCGGCAGGGCUGUGUGCUGGGGCUGGUCAGGUUGGUGUCGUCCACAGGAGCCAAGGUGGGUCCCAGCACGCUUCUCCAGCUUUUGGCAAGUCAUCCCCUCUUCCCAAAGGCUCAGGUCUGUGUCCUCAGCAAAUUCCCAGAUUUACACAGCAAGCCUGGGCCUGAGAAGAUGUGGGCAAUCUUUGCUGUCAUGGUGCUGUUCUCCAACAGCGUCGGUGACAUCCAGAGGCUGCUGGAAUGUUUGAGCUCGAAGCUGGCCAUGCUGGAGGUCACCGAGGUGCUCCACUGCAUGGCCACGCUGCUCUUGGCCAUGAGGAACAAGAACAUUCCCAUCUCCAACAGGAUUCACUACAAUAUUUUCUACUGUUUGUACCUGAUGGAAAAUGCCUCUGGAAUUGUGCAGCCUCUGGAAGAGGGAAGGAUGGAUUUGUGUCCCAGUGGAUGGGCUGAUGUCAAACUGACCCAUGAACAGCAGAGGAUUUUGAGUCACAAAAUUGAGCCUGGCCAAACAGUGAAAAUAAUGGCAUUUGCAGGCACAGGGAAAACCUCGACCUUGGUCAAGUACGCGGAGAAAUUCUCGGAGCUGAAAUUCCUUUACCUGGUUUUUAACAAAGCUGUGGCAGAGAAGGGGAAAAAGGUUUUUCCGAGGAAUGUCACCUGCAAGACCUUCCACUCCUUGGCUUUUGGGAGCAUUGGGAGACUCUACAAGGAGAAAGGCAAGCUGAACUUCUCCAAGCUGUCCGUUUAUUCCAUCAGCUUCCUCCUCCGCAACAGGGAGGGCCGAGCCCUGUUUGUAAGAGGGAAAACAGUGUCCCAAACCUUGGAAAACUUCUUCUCCUCCUCAGAUGAGGAGAUCUGUGAGGAGCACGUGCCCCUGUGGUUCAAAAACACUAACGGGCAGAUGGAGCAAGUGAGCCAAGAGGAAAAGAGAAUCAACGUGGAAGAGGCCAAAGAGAUUUGGCACAACAUGAAGAAACUGGAUGGAGACGCAGAGAAGAAAUACAAGAUGACUUGUGAUGGAUAUUUGAAACUUUGGCAGCUCAGCAAGCCCCAGCUCUCGGGAUACGAUGCCAUUUUUGUGGAUGAAGCCCAGGAUUGCACUCCAGCCAUCGUGGAUAUUGUGCAAUCCCAAAAUUGUGGGAAAAUCCUGGUGGGAGACCCUCACCAGCAGAUCUACACCUUCCGAGGGGCUGUCAACACCCUCUACUUGGUGCCUCACACCCACGUGUACUACCUGACCCAGAGUUUCAGGUUCGGCCCCGAGAUCGCCUACGUGGGAGCCACGAUCCUGGAUGUGUGCAAAGGGAUCCGCAGCAAAACCCUGCUGGGAGGAAACCAAAGGGGGGACGUGAGGGGCGGCCGGCAGGGAAAGGUGGCGAUGCUGUCCCGGAGCAACUGGAACGUGUUUGAGGACGCCGUGGAAUUCUCUGGGAGAAACCCCCCGGCCAAAAUCCACGUCAUUGGGGGAUUGGAGAGAUUUGGCCUGAGCAGAAUUUAUGACAUUUGGAAGCUCAGCCUGCCUGCAGACGUCAGGAAAAACUCAAACCUGGUGAUCGAGGAUUCCUUCAUCAGGAAGUGGGAGGAAUCCGAGGGGCUGCUGGGGCUGAAGGAAUACGCGGCGCGCGUGGACGACCGCGACCUGGAGGUGAAGAUCGCCAUCGUGGAGAAGCACAGGGAGAGGAUCCCGGAGCUGGUGGCCAGGAUCAAGGGCAGCCACGUGUCCCAGGAGUCCCUGGCAGAUUUUCUCAUCGGGACCGUGCACCAAGCCAAGGGCCUGGAAUUCGACACCGUUUGUGUCGCGGAUGAUUUUGUGCAAAUCCCUUCUGUCACUGAGGCCCUCCUGAGGAGAACGAACCUUGCUCUUGACAGGACCCCUGAGGAUGAGUGGAACCUGCUCUACGUGGCCGUCACCAGAGCCAAGAAGUGCCUGCUGAUGUCCAAAUCCCUGGAAAACCUUCUAGCUCUGGCUGGAGAGCGUUUCCUGCGGGUGGAGCUGCGGAGUGAGGCUGGGAAGGACAAGGAUGGAGCUGCUGUUGCCUGCUGUGUGUCGGGAUGUACAAACUCCCUGGAAGUCAGCUCGGGGCUGCUGGUGAAGAAGCUCCCAUUGACUCACAGCGACAACAGCCAGGAUCCAGGGGGAUUCCUUUGCCGGGCUUGCAGCUGGCUGUUCUUCGGCUCCCUGACUGCACUCACCUCUUUCCUAACGAUCCAGCAGGAGCCCAUCCAGCUCUAACCAAGCCCUCCAGCUUCCCAGAGCUAUCCUGGAUGUGGGACAAAUCCUUUUGGCACAUCCCAGCUCCAAAAUCAAGUGGAUGUUGGGGUCAGGAUUUCAGCCCAGCUUCAAAUUCCAGGUGGAUGUUGGAGCAGGAUUUCAGCCCAGCUCCAAAAUCAAGUGGAUAUUGGAGGAGGAUUUCAGCCCCGCUUCAAAUUCCAGGUGGAUAUUGGAGCAGGAUGUUCCCAGCUCCAGAGGGACUUCCAGGCCCCCUGGGGACGAUGUGAUGCCUUUCCUCCAGCCCUGCCUCAUCCUCCAGGAGCUGGGAAUGGGAUAUCCAGAGGAAUCUGCACUUUAGGAAUGGAUUAGACAGAGCAGGGUUCAUUGUGGAACAUUCCCUCUCUUCCCUCUGUCACCAGUGUCCAAAUUUCCUGAAUAUCUUAUCAUGCCUGGAAAUCCCUCUGACCCACAGGAAAAAGAGGAAACACAACACUGGAAAGUAUCCAAAGAAAGGAUCUUUAACAUGAACUGUUCCUGUCCAGCCAUGGGAGGAAAUCAUCAAUCUCUCUCAGUUAAUUCCUUUUCCAUCCUUGCAGCCAAGGGGUUUCCCUGGAUUCUUUCCCUUCUCCCUGCAGCCAACCAGGAAGGAAGAAAUGAGGCAGCAGCACAAAAAUUCCUUUGGAUUGGUUCCUGCCAAACUCAGGGACAAGCUGGAGAGGAAUUUCCAGUCCUAAAAUUAAAUAUGUCGCCAAAAAAAAAAAGCCUUAACACUUCCUUUGUGUCUCUUCCCUGCCCUUAGAUACCCUUUGUGUCCCCAGAGGGCUCAGGUGAAUCACGCUCUCCCACAGCUCCGGAGCCUGUGCCGUGGGAAGCAGGACUGAAAGUGGUUUAAGGAAUCUGCCUUGGACGCUGCCCGGAGCCGUGGGCUGUGCCUGCUGCAGCAAUCUCAGACAUCCUGGCUCUUUGCAUUCAUGGAGCCCUUCCCUCCCUCUCCUUUCGCUUUGAAAGCUGACUCCAGGGAUGCAUUCCCAGCCAAACGCUGGCAUCUGGAUGGAAGCACAAAGCCUGGAGCUGGCGGUGGAUGCACUGCUCCUCUCCCAGCCUCCCCUGCCUCCCCGGCAUCCCGGUUCCUUGGGAAUAGGGAUGUGCCCAGCGCUGCGCCUGGCACACAGCCUGGAUCAGAGGCACAAACAGGAAAAGCCAUGGAAUUUCAGCUGUUGGAUCCCUGCAGCUCCGGAGGAUGGGAAUGAACCCUUCAUUUCCGUGGUGUCCAAUGGGAAUGUCCUUGGUGCUGUGGGGAUGGAUUCAUCCCAAUCCAGUCCUUCCCAUCCCGUUAAAGUACCCACUGCUCUGUUAUUUUUUAUAUAAAAUAUAUUUAUUUAUACAUAAAAAUAAAGAGCUGCCUUUUCCAGAGUAUAAGG